AAUGGCCCGCAACAGGCGUCAACUUAGUGACCCCGGCAUCACCUUUCUGUUUCUGGCGUUACUCUUACACUUCUACUCUGGCACAAGUGUUCUCCAGCUAAAUUAUUACUCAGAGAGCUGCCCCAGAGCCGAAGAGAUCAUCAAACAGCAAGUCGUCAACCUCUACCAUAAGCAUGGAAACACAGCUGUUUCAUGGAUUAGAAAUCUUUUCCACGAUUGCAUGGUUAAGUCAUGCGAUGCCUCGCUCUUGCUGGAGACAGCGAGGGGCGUAGAGUCGGAGAAGCUUUCUUCCAGGAGCUUUGGGAUGAGAAAUUUCAAGUACAUCGACACAAUAAAAAAGGCUGUCGAGAGUGAGUGCCCACAGACGGUUUCCUGUGCUGAUAUUGUGGUCCUUUCUGCAAGAGAUGGCUUUGAGUUGUUAGGAGGACCAUACAUUGAAAUGAAGACCGGGCGACGAGACAGCAAGGAAAGCUAUGCAACAGUGGUAGAAGACUCCAUCCCUAAUCACAAUGAUUCCAUGUCAUUAGUCCUCUCCCGCUUUCAAUCCAUUGGCAUCGAUGCCGAAGGGACUGUUGCGCUUUUAGGAGCUCACUCAGUUGGUCGAGUACACUGUGUGAAUGUCGUAAAUAGGCUCUACCCCACAGUGGACCCAACCUUGGAUCCUGAGUAUGCUGAAUACCUUGAACGCCGGUGCCCUUCGCCGGAACCUGACCCAAAGGCAGUGCAGUAUGCAAGGAACGAUCUAGAAACGCCAAUGGUGCUUGAUAAUAUGUAUUACAAGAACAUUUUGAGCCACAAGGGACUACUAUUAGUUGAUCAACAACUCGUUUCAGACCCAACUACAUCUCCCUUUGUGGAGAAGAUGGCUGAUGACAAUGGCUACUUCCAUGACCAGUUCUCUAGGGCUCUGCUCUUGUUAUCUGAGAAUAACCCUCUUACCGGAGACGACGGAGAGAUUAGGAAGGACUGCCGCUAUGUGAAUGUAUAGUAGUUACAAUUCUCCCAUAAGUAAAACCAAAUGCCAACUUCUCGUAUGCUUCAAUAAAGUGAUAUCCUUAUAUAUAGAA